AUAACCACCAAAAGCAUGUGGUGAUGAGAAAGUCACAUGAUGAACCAAAACCCAUCAUAAGCAGCUUUUAAAUACUAACAUAGAAGGUGCACAGUGUCACACAAGCACUAAACACCAUCAUGGUAACACAUGAAACUCAAAUAAUGCAAUAAACUUGAAUUUAACAACAUCAGAUGUAACAUACAACCACAACGUAUACAACUGAUAAGCAAAAACGCAGGAAAUUCUGGGAAUGUCAACGUACAGUUAUUCACUGUAAAUUAUAAGUUCUUUUUCACUUCCAAUGUUCAAUACCGUUUUUCACCAUAUAUAGUAUGGAGUUAAUAAGAUUUUACUGUAGCAUUUUUUUACUAUAGCAUUUAAAAUCACAGUCAUUUUUUACAGUGUAGGGCCCUAUGAAACGUUGCAGCUCUAGUUGUAAUUCUUCUGAUUUUAAGCUGGAUUGUAACUAUUAAAGUUUCACUUUCAGUGUAAGGAAUUUGAUGACAUACCAAUUGUCAUUGCAUCAAACAAAAGCUAAAUGAUUUUUAUUCUCAGGGAAUUUGGUAACACAGUGGGAUUGUAACGUUAACAUCAUGAAGCUGAAGUCUGUUUAUGUUCUGCCUUCCUCUGUGGUUCUGAUUACCAAAGAAUGUUUAUAAUCUGGGUCCAAAGUCUCAUGGGAACCAUCGACUCAACACCAGAACGCCUCUAUUCCUGUCAUGAUUGAAGGAAGCAUGUCUGAAACUGCUGGAAACUCUACCACAAUGCUGCUUUUCAUACCUCGGCGCUGCUUCAUGCAGCGCAUUACGCUACAACAAUCUGAUGAUUGUUGUGUGUAUACACAUUUCGCAUAUUGUUGCGCACUUCGUGCGGUUUCUUUUUCACCGCUGAAUGGAGUUUCCUGUCUACACUGUAGCUUUCUUCAAAACACUUGCGCAUUUUGUCUGCGGAUUAGGCUGUGGUUUUGUGAGGGUCUCUUUCAACGCAGCUCUGACAGAUGACCUAUUGAAAUCACUAUAGAACUGUCUGCCUGUUGCCAGGGCAACACUAGCUCGCUUCUGCUUUUUAUGCGCUCACGUGACUGGCCGUUGACGUCAUUGGGGGAGGGACGCUGCCAGAGUUUGGUCCACUCUUGACUGCAUAGGGCUUCGAAGAAUCUUGAGGACUUGUUGAAUUGAAACAGUUAGUCUUAGUCUUGGUGGUCUCUGCUUGUAGCUAACAGCAUCAUCCUCAUCGUCAGGUAUAAAUAGCUGGGUUAUGGACUUUUGAAGGCUGUGGAUUGCAGGGGAAAAUAGAAAUUGAAAAAGAGUGCUGUCUCGUGAAACGAAACCAUGGGGAAGCAGAACAGCAAGCUCCGCCCUGAGGUGAUGCAGGACCUGCUGGAAAGCACAGACUUUACGGAGCAUGAAAUCCAGGAAUGGUACAAGGGCUUUCUACGGGACUGUCCCAGUGGCAACCUCUCCAUGGAGGAGUUUAAGAAAAUCUACGGAAACUUCUUCCCUUACGGAGAUGCCUCAAAGUUUGCAGAGCACGUGUUCCGCACUUUUGACGCGAACGGCGACGGCACAAUUGACUUUCGGGAGUUCAUAAUUGCAUUAAGCGUCACAUCACGAGGGAAGCUGGAACAGAAGCUCAAGUGGGCAUUUAGCAUGUAUGACUUGGAUGGAAAUGGAUACAUCAGCAAAGCAGAGAUGCUUGAGAUUGUGCAGGCGAUUUAUAAGAUGGUGUCGUCAGUAAUGAAGAUGCCAGAGGAUGAAUCCACACCUGAAAAGAGAACAGAGAAGAUCUUCAGACAAAUGGACACCAAUCGGGAUGGAAAACUGUCUCUGGAGGAGUUCAUCAAAGGGGCAAAGAGCGACCCAUCCAUUGUGCGUCUGCUACAGUGCGACCCCAGCAGUGCAGGACAGUUCUGAGAUCAGCGUCUCAUGCUUCGACCUUUUAUUUAUUUAUGGGUUUUAAUUUAGUUUUUGAUAUAGUCGCUCCUUCCACUCGCAGGGAAAUGAUGGAGGGUCAGGGUUUUUUUUCCAGAGUAGGGCAUCUGGGUCUCAUCAGGCUGAGCUUGGCCAGAUAUAGAAACACACACACACGCACACAGAGUUAUUGGCUGCGUUAUCUCUGUAGGGAGCCGCGCCGGGUCUGCAAGAGGCCUGUGAUAGAGUGAAGUAGGGUAACUAGAGCAUUUAUCUGAGCUCGAAUCACUUCCUGAUUAGAAAAGAGGUUUCAUGUCAUAGUAAAUACAUAGUCAGUUUUAUUCUUAUUUUCUCUGGGUAUUAGAUGAGACAGAUUAAGCUGGGCUAAUACAGGAAUAGCAGAUGGGAAAUCAUUAUGCACUCAGUAAAACAAAGUUUUAUGCUUAAUUUUAAAAUAUGUACUAGUCAUAAGUUUUUAAACAGUAAGAUUUUUUUAAAUGUUUUUUUUUUUUUUUAAGAAUUUUCUUCUGCUCACCAAGCCUGCUUUUAUUUGAUCCAAAAUACAGCAAAUAUGUUUACUAUUUAAACUGUUUCCUAUUUAAAUAUAUUUUAAAAUGUGAUUUAUUCUUGAGAUUUCAAAGCUGAAUUUUAAGCAUCAUUACUCCAGUCACAUGAUCCUUCAGAAAUCAUUCUAAUAUUAUGAUUUGCUAUAUAAAAAAUAUCAUAUAUUAUCAUUAUGUUAAGAACAGCUGUGUAGAAUUUUCAGGUUUCUUUGAUGACUUAUUUAUCUGAAAUAGAAAUCUUGUUAAAUCUUUUAUCUUUAUAAUCACUUUUGAUCAUUUUAAAGCAUCCUCGCUAAAUAAAAGUAUUAAUUUCUAUCAUUUCUCUCAAAUCAGCAUAUUAAAAUGAUUUCUGAAGGAUCAUGUGAGUAAUGAUGCUGAAAAUUUAGCUUUGGAAUCACAGGAAUAAAUUACUUUUUAAAAUACAUUUAAAUAGAAACCAGUUAUUUUAAAUAGUAAAAAUAAUUCAAAAUUUUACUAUUUUGGCUGUAUUUUGGAUCAAAUAAAUGCAGGCUUGGUGAGCAGAAGAAACUUCUUUCAGAAACAUUUAAAAACGUACAGUUCAAAAACUUUUGACAUGUAGUGUAUCUGAUGCUAAAUCACAGCUAAAGCAGGUGACAAUAGUGUGUAAACACCUCAGCCUUAGCGAUUUGAAUAUUUGGGUUAUUUUUAACUUUAUUUAGACUGUAGUUUCUCUCAAUUCAUAGUUUGGCCAGCUUUACAGUAUUAUGAUCCAGCGGGACCAAUAAAUCAGGCGUGUUGUAUGAUUCCCCACAUUGUGCUUACAAUCUAAAGAGCCUUAUUACUUAGUGCUGGAAGCGCACAUCCAGUUUUGUGUGGAUUAGUUUGGUUUUAGUCGGACAGUCUAGGUUCAAAAGACAUGAAACGAACUGAGUUCUCUUUUACCAGUUUUCUAAUGUUUGUACUCUAGUACCUGUAGGCUUGUAUAUAAAUCUGAAAUAUCAGACACGCAUGCAAAUCUGUACUCAGAGUUCCAUCUUAGGAUGCAGCGAUCGGUUUUCUUGACAUUUUUAGCAAAAGCAUGUAACCAAGUUUAUCUGCAUUUGUGGACAGGAGAGUAUUUGUGUAAUUUGUAUGCAUGUGUUGUGUGUAUGUGUUUGGUUAAUAUCAGUUGCAGCCCUCACCCUGGUUCUAGAUGUUGUGAUGCAUCGUUUGCAUUAUUAUUUAGCUUUAUUGAUUCAAAGCUAAUAUGAUUUUAGAAUCACUUUUAUCUGCUAUACAACUCUGGAUUGUACACAUGAGCAUCAUCAAGUUACUGAAUUGCCUUAUACACACUCAAGUGUUUCUGUGGGUGAGUGAUUUUUAUAUGGCUUUGUAACUUUUCUUUUUUUAAUCAAGCUUCAGUCUGCUUUGAAUUUGAAAAUCAUCCAUCUGUUGGAGAGUUUAGCUCCACGCUCUUCCCGUUCACCCCUUUAACAGAUGCAAUUAUGUUGACGGCCUUUCGCUUGCUAUAUUAAUCUGUCAUACUGAGUUUCACGCUCAUUUCAAAACAACCCCAAGAGUGUAAGUGGAAAUGGAACCUAUUGCUUUUCAAACGCCACUUGCGUUCAUGUUGUAUUCAUACCUGUAUCCAUUUCAACACCAGAGAGGGCAGUAAUUUAGAAUUUCUAUUAGUUCUCAUAUCACCCUCUGCCCUGCUUUUAGUAAUCAUGCCGACACGGCUGACAUCCACACUCCUGCUUCUACUGAUGUUCACUGUUCUUGAAUGUCCCUGUCAUUGUCAGAUGCCUCACCACAGUGCAUUCAGUUUCUGCUAUACUGUUAAUGAACAUAUUUGAAUGUUUUUAUUUUACUUGUUGAACAACUGCUGUUUUUGUAAAAAUAUAGAAAAAAGAAAAAGUGGCAGAUCAAAACUGCUCUGAUAUUUCAUGUUUUAUGCAUAUUUUAUGUAGUAUUUUUUUUUUUUCCAUUUUGUUUUCUUUUUAAACAUCUGACGUAACAUUUCUGUAUCACAAUUAUAUCAUGUGGUCAGGUGCCAAAAAUAUGAAAGCAGUAUUGUAUAAAUUUAUACUGUACAUUUGUUAUUUGUCAAACAAAUUGUUUGUAAUUGUUGCAUUUUGUAGAUUUUGUAUGGUAAUCUGUAUUUUGUGACUGUAGAUUUGAGACAUAGAGAUUUGUUUUGGUUAUCAUAUUGAGCAGGAAUUAAAUCUGGAGAGAACAGAGAA